AUGAGCUCUGCCAGGCCCACAGAGCCGCGGGAAUCCCCCGCGACCAAGCCGACAUGUUCAGCGAUUUCCAAGGCGAGACCGUUCAUUGUCGGAGGCCUCUCUGGCUGUAUAGCCACUUGUUGCAUUCAGCCUGUGGACAUGGUUAAGGUUCGGCUGCAACUGGUGGGGGAAGGCGGCGCCAAAGCGUCAACGAGCCCUGUUCAGGUUCUAAAAAGCGUUCUCAAGAACGAAGGCGUUCUCGCAUUGUACAAGGGUCUCGACGCCGGUAUCACACGUCAGGCUGACGCAACACUUCCGCCUGAAUCUCGACGCAACUACACGGGCAUAUUUAACGCCAUUUCGCGGAUAGUAAAGGAAGAGGGGCUUCUAGGCCUUUGGCGAGGCAGCUUCCCCACAGUUUUGCGAGCCAUGUCGCUGAACAUGGGAAUGCUAGCGACGAAUGACCAGUGCAAGGAAAUGCUUGCUCCAACUUUGGGUGACGGAUGGACAACGACAUUAACGGCAAGUGCUAUCUCGGGCUUUUUCGCGGUGACAUUCUCACUUCCAUUCGACUUCUUAAAGACACGCCUGCAGAAAAUGCGCCCUGAUCCGGUGACGGGAGAGUUGCCAUACAGAGGUGUACUGGAUGCUGCAGUGAAGAUCACUCGCACCGAGGGUAUCACCGCAUUCUACACAGGUUACCCGACGUACUACUCAGGACAGACGAAGAUUGCGGCGUCAGCGCCGCAUUCUUCAGCCGAAUUGAAGACCCUAGCAGGGAGUUCCUAUGUGCCCUUCGUGAAUGACGGUACUACACCAGGAGGUAUUGCUUUCUUACUUCUGGGUGCAUGCUGUUGGCUGAGGCCCACAGAGAAUCCCAUUGGCUCGGAGAGCAUUCAACAUGUUCCUAAAUGGGUUGAUGAAGCCAAACUGGCGUACGCCGCCGAGGUCAAAUCAUCACUGCCUCCUCUGCCGGUUACCAAGGAUUCGAGCGCAGCGUUUGUUGAUACCCCGGCUCCAGUUGAUAUUGCAGCUCUGACUGCCGAGCUUGCACGGUUGGAAGAGUCCGAAGAAAAGUUUCGUGGCGACCGUCGUGCAAUUGCAUUUUUCGCUGCACUUAUCAUGGUCGGAGUCUUUCUCAUGUUCUACUUUACCACAACUCGGCUUGAACAGUCAAUCAAAGAAGCUAGCAAACUUUUGGGACCCACACCUCGACCAGAAGCUGUGGACCUUCGCCUUUAG